AUGGCAGACCACAAAGAUUGGGGUCUGGCUGAGCGGAUUUUCACCAGCCUUUUGGACGGUAAUCUCGUCGCUAUUGCAGUCACAACUCUCAUCGCUUUUGGACUGCCUGUUUUGUUGCAUUUCCUCUUCUACCGGUCCGUUGCGUCUCCGCCAUUGAGCAAUUUCCUGCUUCUCGGACCUAGCGGGGCAGGAAAAACCGCAUUGUUGUCAUUGCUUGAAAGCAAGACAUCCCGAUUGGCUAAAGCGACCCAAUCCACGCACACAUCUCAAACAUCUACCUCAGCCAUCGUCAGCCUCCCUGCCUCGGUACCGACUGCAUCAAAUCGCUACCGUUCCGUCAAUGAUUAUUCCGUGAAGGAUGUCUCUAAGAAUCCUGUCAGAUAUCGUUUGAAGGAUACGCCUGGCCAUGGGAAACUACGGGAGGUCCAGGGCCUUUCGGAACUGGUGUCAAUGGCAACUGCUAAAGACAAGAAAUCAAAGCUGCGCGCUGUCAUUUUUAUGGUAGACACUGCAGCUCUGACUGAGGAAGACACGUUGAGAGACACCGCAUCCUAUUUGCACGAUGUUCUUCUCGCUCUUCAGAAACGCGCUUUGAAGAAAGGCAAAUCUUCCGCCAAGGUAGCAUCGGAAAUCCCCGUCCUCGUGGCCGCCAACAAACAAGACCUAUUCACCGCCUUGCCGCCAGGCUCUGUUCGUGAAAAACUGGAAACCGAGAUCGAUAGGAUCCGGAAAUCCAAGAGCAAGGGGCUCAUGAAUGCCAGUGACGACACUGCUACGGUUGAGGACGAAGAUGAUAUCUUGGGCAGCAUCGAUGCGCAGGAUACUUUCAGCUUCAAGCUACUAGAAGAUGAAGUUGGUGUGAAAGUCGACGUCGUUGGCGGAGCUGUAAAAGGCGAUGAGGAGGGCAAUACUGGAGCCGGUGUGAGGAGAUGGGAAGAAUGGAUAGGACAAUGCCUAUGA